CUCGAUGUUUAUAUAUUAUUGAACUAAAUAAGUCUCCGUUCCUGAAAGGUCUACUUAAUGAUUUCGAAAAUGAAGCGCCCCACUCUUGAUACCCCAAGAGCCUUUCUUGCUAUGGAGUCCCGUGAAAAUCGUCUUCAGCUGGCUUGGCUAUGUAAACGCAAUUUUUCUCCAUCCAUCCUUAUUCCCCUUUUCAUUUUCAUUUUCAUUUUCAUUUUCAUUUCCACGCCGUCUUAAUUUUCCAAAGGGGGCGCACUGAGAAAAGAACUGUACAUUUUAGAAUCUCGGAAGUUAUCCAGGGUGCUCAAAGCACACUCUGGAGUCUGCCCCCC